CCUUCGACCGCCGCAUGUUCUUGGGAUACUAAAAGCUGCCGACACCAAGCUUGCAACAGUGCAUUGAUUAGAGUACAUACCGAAGCUGGAACAGCAGAGUUGCGAUUAGCCCCGUGGCGCCAUGUACUGGCCAACUUCGCAAAACGAAAAAUGGUUCUGCGGCAUAUUGUUCGUGCAAGGAUUGCUUGUUAUCGUGCUGAAUAUAUACAACCUCGUUCAGUGGCAAUCAUGGGUCAAUCCCAAUGCCACUCAGGUCGCCAUAUCAUAUCAGGUCCCCAUUAACAUAGCACUCAUCAUGUUCGCCGUCGCUUAUGAAUUAUUCCUCGGUCUUGACAUGGUACAUCAUAAGAAUAUCAUCUUGCUUCUAGCCCUUUGCAUUAGCAAUGGAUGUGUACUCGCCUAUUCUGUGAUGCAGUACAUGUCUAUCCAUAUUACCACUUUGACCUUUGGAGAAGACCGCGACUAUUACAAUCAACCAUUGGUGAACUUAUCCAGAGACCUGUGGAAAGAAAUCCAGCCUGCUGAGCUUCUGGUUCCCAUCACUGUCAGUAUAGCGACACUCCUCAUGUGGCCGAUCGCGUAUUGGGUUCACAGAGAAUUUUCUUGGGCUAUAUACCAGUAUGUUCAGGGGAGCCUUCAGAGUCGAAAACAAUAUCGAGGAUAUGAGGCAUAUCUUGUUUUAAUUAAGUUCGACUUCUUUUUCUUGGUGGGCUUCAUCAUUCAGUAUGACCUCAUUGAUGUCCACUUUGAGGAGCCUGAGUACUCCUUGACCUUAGCACUCAUUCCAGCCGCACUGCUGGUAAUGACUAUGGGCACAUAUUUUCUCCGACGUGAAUACAGAAUCCCCACUGUUAUUAUUGCAGUCUGUCGCCUAGGAAUUGCGGCCUAUCUAUUGAGUCGAAUCAUUGUUCUAUGUGGAAAUACUUUGCGCGCCAAUACACCAGGGAAGGAUAUGAUGCUGCUAUUUGCCAUUGUAGCAUUUGUGCUCUCCUGCCUCAUCAUUGUAUGCACGAUAUAUUGCAUACUGAACUUUGAACAUGGUCUCAAGUCGGUGUUUGCCCGGAAGGAUCAAGUUGCUCGGAGGUCUUUCGUGUUCCAGGAGCUUCCGAAUCACACGGACAGUACUCGACAGUCUAGACUCUCCCUUGACUAA